AUGUGCUUCCUCACCCGUGGGCUGGCACUGCUGCUGGCUGUGCUGCUGUGGGCACCGUGGUGGACACUGCAUGGGGCACCACUGACCGAGCUCUCAGGGGACCAGGACUUCCAGCUCUUCCUGCAGAGGAACCUCGAGUUCACCCGCAAGAUCCGCGGGGACGCGGCUGCGCUGCAGCGCCUGGUGUGUGACACCCUCCAGCUGUGCAAGGAGGACGAGCUGCUGCUGGUGCGGCAGGACCUGGACAUCGCCCAGGCGCCGCUGGAGCAGUGUCACAGGCGCACCUUCCAGGCAGAGACCUGCUUCAGCCAGAUCCGUGCCGGCCUCCGCGUCUACCACGGCUCUCUGGCCACCAUCCGGGCCCUGCUGCCCGGGCACGCUGGACUGGUGGACACCCUGCAGCUGGAUAUGGCCAACCUGUCCUCCAACAUCCAGCAGCAGAUGGAAGACCUGGGCCUGGCCACGGUGACGUACCCCACAGAGCACCAGGACCCCGUCCCCACCUUCUCCUCCCAAUUCCACCACCAAGUCGGCGGCUUCUUCAUCCUGGCCAACUUCCAGCGGUUCCUGGAGACGGCGUACCGGGCACUGCGGCACCUCGCCAGCCUCUGA